AAGGUUUAUUUUUCUUCCAUAUUUUUUUCAUUAAUAAAAAGCCGGGAUGAUUCCAAAUUUUACGCAGUUUUUGAUAUGAACAAUAUACUAAAUAUUUUGUUUCUGCAAACAGUUUGUAAAAACAGUUUAAAGUUGUUAAAAUCAAUUAAAUCGUUGAGAGAAGUAAAUCAUUUAAACAAAGGUCUCUCCACCAUGCACAACAAAAAUUCCAGGCCUCUAUUAUUCUGUGGACCUUCUGGUAGUGGCAAAAGUACCCUGGUUAAACGCCUCAUGGAUGACUUCCCCGACCAUUUUGGCUUUAUCAUCAGUCACACUACUCGGAACCCCAGACAGGGUGAAAUCCAUGGCCAACACUACUACUUCACAGACGAAAACACCAUGAAACAAGCCAUAGAAAAUGGCGAAUUCGUCGAGCAUGCUGUUUUUGGAGAGAACAUAUACGGCACCAGCUUCAAAGCAUUAGAAGACAUAGUGAAACAAGGCAAGCUUCCAAUUCUGGACAUAGAGAUGCAGGGGGUGAAGCAAGUGAAGCAAACUCGGCUAAAUCCUUGGUGCGUGUUCAUUCAACCACCUUCAAUGAGCGAAUUGAGAAAGAGGUUGAUCAAGAGGAAGACUGAAACAGAGGAAAGUCUAGAAAGACGACUGAAUAUUGCAAGGGAAGAAAUAAUGUACGGUCUGGGUGCAGGAAAUUUUGAUAAAAUUAUUGUGAAUGACGAUUUCGAGAAAGCUUACAGGGAGUUGAAGGAUUUUGUUGAAGAUAAUGUACUAGUCAGUAAGAUUACCACUGAAGCAAAACACUAAAAACUGACUGGAUAUCAUGGUUUGACAUUUAAGAGUAUUAUUUUUUUACCAUCAACUAAUAAAGAUGUUCUGUAUA